UGGCGUCACGGGGAGCAGAGGCGAGCCCACCCAGCCCGCAUGGAGGACCCCACGCCGGAGACGCAGCAGCUACGCAGCCUGCGGGACUUCCUGCUGGUCUACAACCGGAUGACGGAGCUCUGCUUCCAGCGGUGCGUGGCCGACCUCAACUACCGCGCCCUGACCCGCCAGGAGGUGAGGCCGGGGUGGGGCGGGAGCGAGCGAGCCCCUCCCGCCCGUCUCUCUCUCUCUCUCUCUCUCUCUCUCCCCUGCCCGCAGGAGGCCUGCCUGGACGGCUGCGCCGGGAAGCUGGUGCGCUCCAACCACCGCCUGAUGGCCGCCUACGUGCAGCUGAUGCCUUCCCUGGUCCAGCGCCGGAUCGCCGACUACGAGGCCGCCGGGAGCUCUCCCGCGCCUCCCGCCGCUCUCCCGCCGCGCGCCUCCUCUUGACCCGCCUGCGCCGCCUCCGCGAUGCCUGCUCUGGGCGGAGCGCUGGGGAGCCCCGCGGGCGCAGGUCUCCUUCGAGCGACGGCCUCGCCUGCGGCGGAGAAGCGGUAGCGGCUGCGGAGGGACGCUUGGGGGCUGAGACGGGCUCCUUCCCUUCGGAAGAAUGUGCGUUUCCCGAGACGGGGUCGGGAGGAGCUUUCCACGGCCGAGAAACAUCCUGGCCCGGUCCGAUGCCCUUGAGACCCAGCCUUCGAAGCUCUCUGCUAGCCCCCAUCGCUGUUUACCAGAGGCGGCUUCUCACUUUCCCAAGUCGAAGUGGAGGGAAGAGCCUAAAACGCUCCUACCUGAAGGAUCCUGGUCAAGGACCAUGCCUGGCCGUGCACAGGGUGCUUGAAGGAGGACUCCAACAGGUUGCCUGAAAAGAUCUAGGGAAGGAGACCCAUUAACGUACCCAUUUUCAACCUCGGAACUCUCUGGACUAUGUGUUGAGCUGUUCAAAGGAGAGUAACUUCGUGGCUUCCAGUAACCAUAUAAUGUCUGGGGCAACGGUGCAAAAGUGGCUUGCCAUUGCGUUUUUCUGAUCUGUUCUAAUGGCAAGGCCUGGGUUAACAAGACACAAUUGGUUGGAUUGGAUUUUUUUAUUACAUGUUAAAUUCAGUAACAAUUACAUCGUUUUCAGGGUAUACAUCGUACUUGGAGUUCUACAACAAUUACACAGUCUUGUUUUUUGGAUUGUAUUAUAUGAUAGAGAAA